CAUCCAAAGACACGGCGCGGUCAGCGGGGGUUUCUGUUGAGUUUACGGACUAACCGCGGAUUGGUGACAUUUACAGCAAAUAACCUUAUGCGUCUGGCCGAUGCGCGCUUUCUACUCCGCCCACACCACCUCCAGGUCGCUCCACCCUACCCGUCCUGCGCCUCCAACAUGUGUCUCCGCCACACUAAUGUGCCGCUGUGUGCAUUACCGAGGAUGCAUAAAGGCAGAGGACAGUGCGCGCCCCUGGAUGCGAGCUGCUGAAGUCGCAGCCACUCCACUCCAUGUUUUGCCCUGCCCUUGUGCGCUCUGCUCGCCGUGCAGCGUGCGUCUCCUUUGCAUUUCGACUGACAUAAACACAGGGCAGCUGUGUGUGCGGGAGAAGUUGUUGGCACGCUGAGGCACCAGGUAGCUUCUUCACAAGGAUUUCUUCAAGCCUGGGAGCGAUCGGACUCGUUGGGUUCUUUUUUUUUAACAGGAAGAUGAGGUGGACGCACUAGUAUCUUAAGUGAGGAGUGAUCUUCUUUUUUUAAUUCUUAUUUUAUAGAUGAACAUCUUAACAUCGCGCUCCCCGGAGAAACCUUUCCAUUAGCCCUUUGGAUUUCUUCUUUCAUUCUGACGGAGCUCUGUGUAUUUCUCUGUGAAACAUUUACCAAGGAUUUCACUGAUGUAUGCGAUGUGGAGACUGCAAGUCGCCUUAUGUACUCUGUCGGUGCUGUCCCUGUCAUCUGGUGGUGAAAGCAAAGCUCGGAGCUGUAGCGAGGUUAGACAAGCUUAUAACGCGAAAGGAUUCAGCCUCGUCAAUGUACCUCAUCAGGAAAUAUCAGGUGAGCACCUGCGUGUCUGUCCUCAGGGAUACACCUGCUGCACGUCUGAGAUGGAGGACAAACUCAACCAGCAGAGCAAACUGGAAUUUGAGAAUUUGGUGGAGGAGAGUAGCCACAAUAUGAGGACGACAUUUGUCUCCAGGCAUAAAAAGUUUGAUGAGUUUUUCUUGGAGCUGCUGGACAAUUCUGAGAAGUCUCUCAACAGUAUGUUCACGCGGACAUACGGGAAGCUGUAUAUGCAGAACUCUGAGGUAUUCCAGGACCUGUUCACUGAGCUAAAGCGCUACUACACAGGGGGCAACGUCAACCUGGAGGAGAUGCUGAAUGACUUCUGGUCCCGGCUGCUGGAGCGCAUGUUCCAGCUGCUCAAUUCCCAGUACCACUUCACAGAUGACUACCUGGAGUGCGUCAGUAAAUACACAGAUCAGCUCAAACCUUUUGGAGAUGUGCCCAGGAAACUGAAAGCCCAGGUCACCAGGGCCUUCAUCGCUGCACGGACGUUUGUCCAGGGGCUAAUGGUGGGUCGGGAGGUCGCCAACAGGGUCGCUAAGGUAAACAUAGUUCCUGCAUGUGUCAGAGCCUUGACCAAGAUGCUGUACUGUCCAUACUGCCGUGGUAUGCCUGGACUGAAACCCUGUCACAACUACUGUCACAACGUUAUGAGAGGCUGUCUAGCAAACCAGGCAGACCUAGAUGCUGAGUGGAACCUCUUCAUUGAUGCCAUGCUGCUGGUGGCAGACAGGCUGGAGGGACCCUUCAACAUCGAAGCAGUCAUCGAGCCGAUUGACAUCAAGAUCUCGGAAGCUAUCAUGACCAUGCAGGACAACAGCAUGCAAGUGUCAGCCAAGGUUUUUCAAGGGUGUGGUCAACCAAAACCAUCAGGAAUAGGCAGGUCUGCACGGGGAAUCUCAGAUGUGUUCAGCACUCGUUUCAGACCCUACACUCCUGAAGAGAGGCCGACCACAGCAGCUGGAACAAGCCUGGAUAGACUGAGGGUUGUGUGGAGGACAAUGCAACACAGUGUGACUGACAUCAAAGAGAAGUUGAAGGAGUCCAAGAGAUUCUGGUCCAACUUACCAGAUGACAUCUGUGCCAAGGGCAAACUCACAGAGUCCGAUGAGGAGCAGUGCUGGAACAGCCACACUAAGGGCAGAUAUUUUCCUGAAGUGGUGAAGGAGGGUCUAACCAACCAGGUGAACAACCCAGAGGUGGACGUAGACAUCACCAGACCUGACACACUGAUUCGGCAACAGAUCAUGGCUCUGCGUGUCAUGACUAACAAGCUAAAGAAUGCCUACAAUGGAAAUGACAUCUACUUCCAAGACUCCAGUGACGAGGGCAGCAGCUCUGGCAGUGGCAGUGGCUGCUCUGACGGCUGCACAACAGAAUUUAUUUUUGUUGGAACAGAGGCUCCAGUGAUCGGAGCCGACAGAAGCGAUGAACGCGCAGCAGUCGCAGCUGCGGGCAAGUCGCUUUCCUGCGGACCCUCUACACUGCUGGUGAUGACCGCUCUCACAUUCCUACUUUGGUCAAUGCAGACUCAAUGGAGAUAAUACAGUGUGGCCCAAUCACUGACUUCUAUACUGUUGCGUAACAGUAUGUUUAACAGCAAGUUAUACUGCUGUUCCCUCACUGGACAUGUAGAACCUCCUGGAAACCUGUCAAGAAUGGCUUACUGUGUGGUAUGGUAGGGUUGGAAGUGAGUGCUGUGCUGCAUCCUGCUUGUCCCCCAAAGAAUGCUCGGUGCCAUCAGUGAACAAGCUUUCACGUCUCUGAAACAAACAAACAAAAAAAAAGCAAACGUGGUGUUUUCUCAUUAUUCUAAAGUGAGUUUUGAAAAACAUGCUUCUCUUUUAGGAAAUGAAAUGAAUCUCAAGAUGGUUCUGUCAGUGAUUUUUCUGAUAAAGGGGAAUCUAUUUUUCUUUUCCUUUGUACAAUGAAGUGAAAAACAUGACAACUAUUUUAUCCUAUUAGUCGUCUCCCCCUCAAACAAAAGCAGAAAGUUUUACUGUGUGCAUGCGUGGAUAUGAUGUUAACUGACAAAAACAUUUUUAGUUUAAUUUUGGUUUUGUUUUGUUUUUUUUUUUUUCAAAUGCAGGCUACACAGCUUUGGAUUGGUUGGUACAGGAUUGUACAGUGCUAGCAGUUCACCUGGUUUCCCGUUCCGGUCAUAUCAGUGUGGCUUCAGGAAGCAGCAGGUCUUACAGCCACUUUAUUGUUGCACAUUUGAUUAUUUCUAAGAAAGUGCUAAUGUACUGCACUAAGCGAACUACUUUGCACAGAUUAUUUUUGUUGGCUUCAUAAGUUUACAAAGCUACAGAAAACAUCCACCCCAUAGAGAAAAAGUUCUAUAUUUUCAGAUCAUUUAACUGAUUGUAUUGUACUUAUAAGCAGUUACAGUAUGUAUUUCACAGGAGCAUACUGUAACGUAAUCUUAUUGACUUAGUUAAUGGCUACAUUCUUUUUUAUAAAUGUAUUUCUUUUUACAAAUUAUCUGACCGUCUGUAAAGUAAAAACAAAACAGAAAAAGAACAUUUCUGCAACAACGCUAAGCCAUUAUACUAAAAUUGCCUGCUAAUAAUGUUCAGUUACCUGAUUUAUUCUCUUCUGUUUGGGUAGUUAAUAUGCACUUACAUGGUUCCUUUUAUUCACAGAGGAGUGAUAUGAGGUAUAUGAAAAUUUAACUUCAUUUAUUUUCUUGUAUCCCACAUUAUUUUGUAUGUUUUUUUGUUAGUUGUUCAUAUUACAUAUAUUAAGGGUUCAAAAUUGUAAUCCUACUUCUCUCAGCUUACAAGCAACUCACAUCUGAAGCAUCAUAGCGAAAUUAGCAUGUUCUUGUUGAGAACAAACUCCUACAGGCUGUAUAUGUGGUCAUAUACUCUUAUAGCAUGUACACAAUGUCAGCAGGGUGCAAAGGUUAGAAGGUUAUGGCUUCCUCUUUGAACGUGUUACUAUUCAUCACCUUCAUUCUGUCCCCUCCAGGCUUUGACCUUUCAGUGGCUCCUGAGGCUUAAGGAGCAAAGCAAAAUACUUGCCCAGUGGUCAUGGAGGAGACUUAGCCUCCAAAAAUGUUGCAGGUAUAGUCUUGAAACAAACAAAGGACCAAAUGUUCGAAAAUGUUACAUAAAAGCGAGUCUUUGAGGCAUCCACCCUCAUGCUAGAGUGUGCCUGGAGGACCCAGAGCCAUCAGCUCAUAAGCACUGAAAUGUUUUCACAAUACACGGGUCCCUUAUCUCAACAGGGACCUUGCCCAAAUGCAUCGCUGGAACAAAUUAAUAGCUGCUGGAAGCAUCUCAAAGAGACUGUGUUUCACGUAGCAAGGCAAGCAUAGGACUGAAGAAGGAAAGAAUGGGAAAAAAGCACCGAGCACAAAGUUUGCUCCAGCAAUAUGGAGUACUGAAUAAGCAAUGAAGAGUGAUUUCUAAAUCUUCUAUUCCUUCGACCUUCAUACAUUCCUCUUAGCAGCUAAAGUUUCAUUUUUUGCACAGAUGUGCAUACUUCAAGUAAAUUUCCACAAAAUGUCAAAAGAAAAUUAAAAUCAAUGCCCAUUUCAAUCUAAUACUGUCAUGUUCAUAUUAAAAGUUAGGCACUGAGACAUAAGGGAAAUCUGUCCUCGAUGUGCUAAUAUGAUUUACAAAAGAGACCCUAAACACCAGAGGAAGCUCCCACGGCACAACAGUUGACCUCUGUCUUCUCACUCUUUGCAGAAAUCGCUUUAGGAGAAGGCGACUGAACAGCAGCCUCCCAUUCACUCACUGUUGCGUAAAUCCUAAUUGUAAAAAGCAUCAGAGGCUUCAAAACCAAAGCUCAAGGAACACCGAAAUGAUUAACACAAGGUCCUACCCAGACAGAAAGUUCAGGUAGUUGCAUUUAAUCUGUUCUUAGCUUGCACAAUUAAGGACCUGCAUGUCUGAGGUGAAUACUCGGGCAUAAAUUAAAACAAAAUGUGACUAAGUGAAACGGAAACAGACGUAUUGAAUAAGUCAUGAUGUAUAAGAAGAAUGUGACUCAGAAGCUCUUUAGAAGAGAUGAAAAUGGAGGUAUUUAGAAACAUUGGAUGUGUGGACAAAAGAGGAAACUGUAACCUUCAUCAAGUUUUUACAUAAAACAAGCAUAUAAAUGCCAAUUUUUUAAUCAUUGUUUCCGGAUGGCUUUCUGUUUUUUGAGACGACUGUUUCUCUUUUGAUUAGGUCAUUUUUUGUGCCCUCUUCAACAGUUGAAUGUUAAUCGGAGUAGAAUUUUCACACUGUCAACUGUUUAUCUCAGUGCCCAGCUUCUAAUAUUGACAAUAAUGGAUGCAUAGUGCACCUCAUUUACUGUCCAACACUUUGAGUGUCCACAUUCUGAAAACAUUUCCUUCCAUAUAGUUCCCUAAAAACUCUUCAAUUCCAACAAUGCAAUAUGCUACAUUACACAAAUAUCAAAAUGGCCAUUGCAUGACUCAGCAGCUGACAGCAGUGACCUGGAAUGUAGAUAAUUUGUAAAUGUGUGGAAUCAGAAUUCAUAUUUAGUCAGUAGUGAGCAGUAGUGUUCAUUAUAUAAGGACUAAUAAAAGAAUCAGGGGCUGAUUUUGAACACAGAAAGGUAGCACCAGAUAAAGAAUAGGAGACCUUCUCACUUCACACCCUUUUGAAGGUCAAAGCCUGUAUGAGACAGAACCAUGACUGCAGUGGAAACUUCUCACAUCAACAUAAUUGACCCAUCUCUCUAAAUCUAAAACGGUAAUUAUGCAGUAGUGACAUGGGUUCCACUCUCUCCCGCUUGUCUCUUCAUAUAUAUGUUUUGAAUAACUUGUGUGUCCUUUGCCAGUUCAUGGUGCACAGAGAGCCCAAACUGUGCCUGACAGGGGUGAAAACAAACGAAUCUGAACUCACUUCAUUAGCAAAAGCAUCAGCUGGUGCUAUUUCCGUGGGUCAGACAGAUGAGACAGGUGGGAGGACAUCCAGCUGUAACUGUCUGCAGCGUGCUGAAUGUUGAAUCAAAUACCAUUAAAGUAACUAGCUGUCGGUCCUAAUGUGCAAUGCCAGUUUUCCUGAUCUGCUAAAAUUUAUCCACCCAGGAGAAUAAUCCUAGAGAGAAGAUCAUUGCAGUGAAAAGAGGUUUCAUGUAAAAAUCAUGAUCUGUUCGAUAGAGCCGUUGGACUGAUGAAGUGCAGGAUGAUAAUUCAAUUUUAACUCUGGACGUUUACAUUUCUCAGAGAAUAUCUACACUUGAUACUGAAUGUUCUGAUUUUUACAAAUAGGUGUUAUUGUAAGCAUUUUUUUGGGAUGUUACGUGUAUUGUUCCCUAAAACUAGACUCAAUUGGACAGUAAUAGUUGCAUUCUGAUGAUCUCUGUGCUAUGACAAUGUUAGAAUUGGCAAAUUAGAGAAAUACAGUAUACAAGAGGAAAAUUUGUAGAAAAAAGUUGAUACGAAGUGCAAGUUGGUGACUUUUGUAUUGCUGUAGUCAAACACAGCAACAUAAACUCAAUUUUAAAGUAUUAGAAAACAUUGUGGGGGCAGAUAUUUCUGAGUCAGGGUCGGUAGUGAGGCAGAACAGUCGGUACAGCAUGUGCUUGAUAAUAAGCUGAAGUUAGCGGUGUGGUUUCAGAUUCUGGUAUUGUUUAAGAUUUGGCAUCGCUGCCUCGUCUGUGAGGCUUAACAACUAUGUUUUUUGUUUUUAUUUCAAACAGUAAAAACUCAGUAAGCAUCUGCAGCCAUACAAAGGUCGAAUGCACCCAUUAGGGCCUCCACAAAAUCCAUGAUUGCAGCAAGAGUUUUGGAUGAGCGAGGAUGAAGCAGCGCUUUACUGGUGCUCUUGAAAUACAGUAAAGAAAGUGAACUGGGAAAAGAAUGUUUCAGAAAUUGGUUUGGUUUCUCCAAAGAGCUUGUAUCUGUACAAACAACAGCUUGUGCUUGUGUUUUCUCAGUACGACAAGCUAUGUUACCCUUGACAGACAUACAGAGCAUCACUAUUCAACAUUGUUCAUCACUUAACCUAUUUUGCCUUUGAGCCAUAUUUAUUAUUAUUAAUUUCUAUCUCAGUCAUUCUCUGGAAUUUGAAAAACUGAAAAAAAAGAAUAUAAUCCUGGUUGGCUGAGGUUUUUUUUUUUCCCCAGAAUGUUUAGAACAAAAUGUGUUAUGCAAGAUCUCCAUUUUGAUGUUAAUCGUUGCUGCACUUUUGCUAAAACAUAUGCCGUGAGUGUGGUACUGUUGUGAUUUGCUAAAUCUGAUAACUAGGGAGCACAUUAAUGAUUUUUGGAGCUGUCAGUGCACGCUGUUUCGAGUGUUUUGGGGGAACUGAGGCUGAUGGUUAUACAAGCAGACAUGCCUUACCAUUUUUUUAAAAGACUAAAAUGGAUUGCUUAUUUGGCUUUUGUUACACAUUCUUGUAUACAGAAAAUAAUACAAUGGUAAUAAUAAACAUUUUAUUAAAAAAGA